AUGGCCACCCAGGAUCAGCUUAAUCCACUCUCGGCAUUUGUCCAACAAGCCUUUGAAGAUCCCUAUCUCUCAGGCCCUUCUGAUCUGGAAGAGUUUGGUCUCGAACAGCAGCAUCAUACGCCAAGUGCUUCGUCUGCUGAUCCGCCUAGUCGCUUAUCGUCGUUAUCGCCUGCUGAUCAGAAAUUAUCGAACGAUACGUCAAUGCAUAAUUUCGACUUUAAUGACUCUUCGUUCGAUGAUUCCAGGUAUCUUGACUUUGACGAACCAGGAUCCACUGAUCCUCUUUUCUUCAACAACGACAUGCUAUCCGGGGAGGAUGGACAGGUCUCGGCUUUUCCAAAUGCAGAUACUUAUAAGAGCGAGUACCAAGAGAACGAGAGCCAGAACUUGUUGAAUCAUAUUGGUGGUAAUUCUAAUUCUGCUGAUACUACUGGACAACGCCAACCACAGCCCUCAAGGUUGGCCAUUCCAGACGCUGCUCUUGACAACUCUCAUGGACAUAACCGUUCAAGGUCGGCACCAUCGCUUAGUCCUAUAGUGAAAAUAUCCCAGGUUCACCGAGGUGACUCUCCCACAAGAGAGGACGACGGAUGGAGCCCACGCAAGAACAAGCGCUCGUCAGCUCACUUGUCUGCCGCGGAUGAUUCCAUAGAGGACAGCGAAGAACUGGAUCCAGAGGAAGAGUCGGGUAAUGGCGAACGGAGCUUGUCGCCUUCUCGAGCCGAAGAUGGUUCAUGGAUUCCGGAUGCAUCAACUGGUCAUGGAGGCGUCGACCCCUACGCUCGUAAUGAUGAAAUCGGCCCUAGCCCGAAAGAUCUAGAGGAGCAACGUCAGCGUGCUGAGAAAGAAGUCGAUAUCCGUAUAUGGUCAGCCUCGGUAUCUGUCGCGAAUAGUGAAGCAGGCGAUGAACCUAGCUCAGGGCCGCGUGGCAGAAUCCGAUCCGUCAGCGCCGUUGGGACACGACAGGAUUACUUCAACCUGACCAGGCCUGACGACUCCCGCAUUCCGGGACCCGGUCGACUCAUACACGAACUAGACCCGGGAAGCGAUUUUGAGACUUCCUCUAACGUAUCGCAUGCCGACUCACGCGACGGGCUACCCACUCUGGCGUACACACCAGAAGAGAAUCAGCUUGCCGAACAACUCAAUCGAUCUUAUCCAUGGAAAGAUCCACCUCAGUAUUCGUUUCCACUGGCAAUAAGGACUCAACCAGAGUCCUCGCGAUCUGCAAUGCAACUAUACGAGGAAAUGGCCAAAGAAAUGGACAAGGUUUCUCGGGUUGGUACUUGGGGCUCGCGAAGGCUUAAUGACGCCGAAGUCGACAGUUUCUUGAAAUCAGAUAGCUUCUUCAAGAAUCUGUCUCUCAACAAAGCGGCUAUACGCAAACUUUUACCCAAGCGAAGUAGCAGUUCUUUGAAAGAUAAGAAACGACAUUCUCGUCAGCCAAGCUUUGAACCAGAACCGUCCGAUCCACCCCCCCAGAAGAAGGAAUCAGGUAUAGCUGCUAAGCUUUCGCGCCGGCCGAGCCUCAAUCGCCACAAGUCAUCCACUCACAUCAUGGCAGCUGCCAUCGCUGGUACAAUGGCAGCCAGUAUUGGAAGCCAUAACUCUCUCUCAGCAAGAUCACCUGUGAGCCCUGGCGGGGGGACACUCAGUCCAGUGGCGCCUUGGAUGGGUAAGAGAAUGAGAAGCAAGAGUGAAGGUUCGGGACCAGUGCCGCCACUCGCACAACUUACCAUACCGAACCUAGAACAACGGCAGGGAGCGGUACAACGACAGCCCUCUCCAUUGAUUGAGUCUCGGGCAUCUGUAGGGUUGGAUGGCGACGACGAAGAAGAUGACGAGUCCCCUGACGACAAGGGAAUCUUCAUGGACCUAGCACCCUCUUCGCAGCAGAUUGUACCAACAUUGGAAGGCUUCAAACACCAGAUUUCUCUCUUGGAUCCACGACUUGAGCCGGCUCUACUACAACGUUUUGCCACGGAACAAUUACGUCGUUACAAGAAGCUGAUUGAUGAGCUGGAUAGGCAUGCAAGAUCAGUGGAAGCUGGGCACUGUGAGGCUAGCGAGAGAUGCUUUGCAUUGGGUGGCCGUGCCAAAUUACUUCCUCCUCGAGCAAAUGCCAAAGACCCUAGCGCUACGUAUUGCCAGUUUCAGAUUCCAGGCCAUGAAAAUAGUGAUGAUGACGAUGAGUUUGACGAUGAGAAUAACCAAUCUCUUGAGAACUCUGUUAUCCCUGCCGUGUUUGCUGAGGGUAUCCGGAUACCUCCAGUCAAGCGGUUGCCCGCGGAAUUUGAAUGCUCGUUGUGUUUCAAGGUGAAAAAGAUACAAAAGCCAUCUGACUGGACGAAGCACAUCUAUGAGGAUAUAUAUCCAUUUACUUGCACAUUCCCUGAGUGUACGAGUGAACCAAAGUCAUUCAAGCGCAAGGCCGACUGGGUACGCCACGAAACUGAGCGACACCGGCACCUGGAAUGGUGGGCAUGUAGCAUGCACAACUGUGGACACAAAUGCUUCCGAAAGAACAAUUUUGUGCAACAUUUACAUCGAGAACAUAGGUUUCCUGACCCUACUGCGAAAAAGAGCAAGGGCUCGGCGGCUAGUGGAAGUGGUAAUACUGCUGCAGACGAGAGAGAGAUCGCCAAAAUGUGGAAACUGGUAGAAGAAUGCCACCAUGAGACGCAAAAGAGACCCGAGGAAGAGCCAUGCCGGUUUUGCGGCAACGUUUGCAAGGACUGGAGGAAACUGAUGGUGCAUCUAGCGCGACACAUGGAACGAAUUGCCCUGCCUGUGCUACGACUUGCUGAAGAACACGCUUCAUCGACCAAUAAUAAAACGAUGAAUAUGUACGAGAUUGCGCCAGCCCCGGCGCCUUCUAUAUCAUACAGUUCCGUGGAAGAACCGAGCCUAAGUCUGAAUACGGAUAUUAUGACCAGACUCGGCAACCCCAACAUCUCUGAUAAUAGUAUCAGCAGUCCUAUGAUGAUGCAGUACGAUACUACUACUCAGCAAGCGCCACCUCACAUGUUGUCCCCGACGAUCAAUAUAGAUAUUUCUCCAUCAGGCACGACAUAUCCACCAGCAUCAGUCACAUCAUCCUAUCUACAACCCCACUAUACACCGGUCCACCGAAAUUCCAUGUCCUAUCCGCCGCCAGCGCCCAACAUGAAUGUGAUGGCAAUCAGACAACCGACCACCAUGUCAGCCGCGAACAGCAGUAAUAUCGGUCCAGCCAUAUUCCAGCAACAGCGACAACAGCAACUACAUGUUUCAACAAUCGGACUAGCCGGCCCCCAAGAGCCGCUUUAUCAAUCUCCACAAGACACAUGUUUCAAUCCUGACGACUAUCUACCUACAACCACUACUUCCGCUGGAAACUACACAUCCGCGCCUAUGGUUACUUAUACAAUGACAACAUCACCAGAAACAAUGACGAGUAAUGCAACGUACAUGUCAAGAGCGCCAAUUGCAGCAGCGGCGGCGGCACAAAUGCAAGAUAACGGUCAUACGUAUCCGCCUGCUACGUAUCAUUAUCAAUGACCCCACGGUUUGGAUCAUUGGAUUAUUGAUGAUAAUUUAUGUAUUAUGUCUGGAUACCCUGUCUCUUCUCCCAUAUUUAUUAUUGGCUUUUUUUGCUUUUUCCCUGUUCUCAUACGUCUCGUUUUUGUCUUUUGGUGUAUAGAAUUGUUAUAAUAUAUAAUAUAUUGUAUACGCUAUAUCAUGGCUAUGAGGAAAUGAUUCUUGAUAACCUCUUG